AUGAACCAGUACCCUUCUUCGGGGUCGUACGGCUAUCAAUCCGCGGACGGCGCGUCUGGCGCGGCGUCUCUCCCCGCGUCGACAACGGAUAAGAUCCAGCUGCCAUGCGCGCACUGCCAUGCCGUGCUCAGCGUGCCCGUCGGCCUCUCGCGCUUCCAGUGCCCGCGCUGCUCUUCGCACCUCUCCGUCGACCAUGCGAAGCUCGCCGCGUACAUGCGAUCGCUUAACGAAAUGGCAGCGUCCCUCGGUGGUAACGCCGGCGGCACCAGUGCGGGAGCUCAGUCCGCGGCCUCUGCGUCCGCUGCUGCAGCCGCAGCUGCCGCUGCUCGCGGCACCGGGAAUGCCGGUGCCGGUGGUUCUGCCGGCGCUGCUGCUUAUCCCGGCGCAGCGCAACGAAGCGCAGCCCAAUACUAUCAGCAACAGCACCAACAGCAGCAGGCUUCCCAGAUGAUGCUCUCGUCGCACGCCCCUCACGGCUCCGCACCAGGCGCGACAAUGGCAGCCGCGGCGACAGGUGCGACCGCGGCUGCUGCUGCUGCUGCGGCGGCCGCGGAAAGCGAGCAGGCGAAGAGGCGGAGAGUGGAUGGGUUAGGGAUGCGCUAUUACGCCGCGUCCACACCUACCAUGGGAGGGGAUGGGGGGAUGGGCUCGUAUGGGCCCGCGGGGAUGGGGGGGAUGCCCGGGGCGGGGGGAAGCCUGGCGGGCCUGGGCGGGGGAAUGGCGGGGGAGGGCUUGCGCGCGGCGCAAGCGGAGGUGGAUGCGAGCUUACGGCGCAUGAUGACAGGGGGGAGGGCGGGCGGGCCGACGGCGGGGGAGGAGGCGAGGCAGGUGGAGGCAGACGCGAAAGAGGCGUUGAUUCAAGACGAGGAGGACGAAGAAGGCGUGGCGGGAGAGACCUUCGCAGCUUACCGCCCUGCAAAGCUAUCUCUGGGCCGCCCACACCCCGACCCCGUGGUGGAGACUGCCUCGCUGGCAGGCGUGCAGCCGCCCGACAUCGACCCGUCCAAGCUGGCGCUGCUGACGGGGCAGGAUGACGUGGCGGCCAACGCGCUGUCGUCAUUGCAGCUGGAAACGAUUUGUUAUGCCAGCCAGCGGCACAGGCAGCUGCUGCCGGGGAACGUGCGGGCGGGGUUCUUUCUGGGGGACGGUGCGGGCGUGGGCAAGGGGCGCACAGUGGCGGGGAUUAUACGAGAGAACUGGCACCAAGGCCGCCGCCGCGCACUGUGGAUAUCCAUCGGCCCUGAUCUACGGUUUGAUGCCAGGAGGGAUCUUGAUGACAUUGGUGCCACCGACAUUCCAGUGCACGCGCUCAACAAGCUGCCCUACGGCAAGCUCGACUCCAAGGCCAACAAGAUCAAGGAGGGCGUGCUGUUCCUCACCUACAGCACGCUCAUCGCGUCGGCAGAGAACCGCCGGUCGCGCCUGCAGCAGAUCACCCAGUGGUGCACACCGGGCUUCGAUGGCGCCAUCAUCUUUGACGAGUGUCACAAGGCCAAGAACCUGGUGCCGGAGUCAGGGGGCAACGCCACGCGCACAGGCGAGGCCGUCAUGGAGUUGCAGGCGAAGCUACCGAACGCGCGAGUGGUGUACUGCAGUGCAACGGGUGCAUCGGAGCCACGGCACGUAGGGUACAUGACACGGCUGGGGCUGUGGGGCGAUGGCACGCCCUUCCUCAACUUCCAACACUUCCUCGGCACGAUUGACAAGCGGGGAGUGGGAGCACUGGAGCUCAUGGCCAUGGACAUGAAAGCCCGGGGAAUGUACGUGUGUCGCACGCUGAGCUUCGACGGCGCGGAGUUCGAGGUGGUGCAUGUGCCACUGGAGCCCAGCAUGCAGGAGAUGUAUUCCAAGGCGGCGCAGCUAUGGGCGGAGCUGAGGGCGGACAUGAUAGCAGCGGCGCUCGCCCUGUCCUCUGCUCAGAGCGCCUCUGCCUCCGACUCCUCCAAGCGCUCCUCCGCCAACGCUGUCUGGCGCACCUUCUGGGCCGCGCACCAGCGGUUCUUCCGCCAUCUGUGCAUCAGCGCCAAGGUGCCAGCAGCGGUGCGCAUGGUGCAGCAAGCAAUAGCGGAGGGCAAGUGCGUGGUCAUCGGGCUGCAGAGUACGGGCGAGGCCCGCACCGACGAGGCUGUUGCUAAACUGGGCACGGAGAUGGACGACUUUGUGAGUGGCCCCAGGGAGAUCCUGCUCAAGCUCGUGGAGGAGACCUACCCACUGCCCCCGCCACCGGCCCUGCCCAAACAGGGCGAAGAGCUGAAGAAGGAGCGGGAGCGGGAGCAGGAGAGGGGCGUGAGUCGGGGUGUGUCGGUGUCGCAGCGGGGGAGGGUGCGGCGCGCAGUCAAGUACGAGAGCGAUGAUAGCGAGGAGGACGGUGAUGAGGACUUCGAUGCGGCAUCGGAGACAUCAUCGGACGACAGUGACUUCCAAGGAGACAUCUGCCAGAUCUGCCAUGACGAGGAGCUGUCUGGGUCGCUGAUGGCAUGUACGGUGUGCUCGCGUGUCGGCCACGUGGCGUGCUUUGAGAGGCACACCGGCAGAAGCGGCGGUUACCACCCCUGGUUGGCUGACGCCCCCCGAGGCCACGUUAGCACCAGGUCAGCAGCAGGCAGCGAGCGGCUGGCGGGGGGAACAAGGAAUCGAGGAGGUGACGUGGCGAGCCCAAUAGACCUGGGAGAUGAUGACGUGGAUGAGGAGGAGGAGGAGAGUGGAAGGGAGGAGGCGGAGGAGGGGAUUGAGGAGGAGGGGAGGAAAAAAACGAAGAGCAGGAAGGCAGGAGGGAGCAGCAGUGGGAGUGAAGGGGGGAGCAGCGGGCAGGAGGAGGAGGGGGAGGCGCAGGUGCCGUGGCUGUGUGGGGAGUGUGACAAGACAACGAGUGAGAUUCGCACGGAGAGAGAGACUUACCUCUCUGAGAUGGAAGCCAGGUAUAACACGGCUGUCGCUCGCAAGGCCGAGAUCAUGGAAGCCAUCAGGAAGCUUCCUCUGCCGAACAACCCUCUGGAUGAGCUCAUAGACAAGCUGGGAGGGCCAGAGGCAGUGGCGGAGAUGACAGGGCGGAGGGGCAUGCUGGUGCGCACAACCACGGGGGAAGGCAAGGGCACCGUCAGCUACCAGGCGAGGAACUCCAAGGACGUGGCAGCGGAGAUGGUGAACAUGAGGGAGAAGGCGCUGUUCAUGGCGGGGGACAAGCUCAUCGCCAUCAUCUCCGAGGCCGCCAGCGCUGGCAUCUCCCUGCAGGCCGACCGCCGCGCUAAAAACCAGCGUCGCCGGGUGCACAUAACGGUGGAGCUGCCGUGGAGUGCUGACCGUGCCAUCCAGCAGUUUGGCCGCUCCCACCGCUCCAACCAGGCCAGCGCGCCGCAGUACAGGUGGGCGGCAGUACAGGUGGGCGGCAGUACAGGUGGGCGGCAGUACAGGUGGGCGGCAGUACAGGUGGGCGGCAGUACAGGUGGGCGGCAGUACAGGUGGGCGGCAGUGCAGGUGGGCGGCAGUACAGGUGGGCGGCAGUACAGGUGGGCGGCAGUGCAGGUGGGCGGUAUUGCAGGUGGGUGGCAGUACAGGCUGCUAUUCACGGAGCUGGGGGGUGAGAAGCGGUUUGCCUCGGUGGUGGCCAAGCGCCUGGAGUCACUGGGAGCUCUCACACAGGGGGACCGCAGGGCGGGUCCGUCCCUGUCAGCAUUCAACUACGAGGGCGUGUGGGGCAAGCGGGCCCUCUCCACCAUGUAUCGUUGCAUCAUGGAUAACAUGCCUGCCCCUGCACCACCCCCCGGCUGCCCGCAAAAGUUUGACGACGCCUGGGCUGCAUGCAACCAAUAUUUGCCUACAUCCCCAUCUCCUUCACCUCCACCACUUAUGCUCGUCUCUCCCUUCGUCUCCCCCGUUUCCGGCUCUCCUCCACCCGUCCACUCCCUUGCGGCAGCAGCAGCGGCAGCGGGGGGCAUGUAUGCGGUGGGGGGGAAGAUCCCCGAGUCGGACAUGUCAGAUGUCGCUCGCUUCCUCAACCGCAUGCUGGGACUGCAGCCCGCACAGCAGAACAGGUUGUUUGAGUUCUUUGCGGCCAUAUUCGCGCACCUAGUGGCAACAGCGCGCAAGGAGGGCGAGCUGGACAUGGGCAUCAUCAGCGUGCGCGCGCCCAGAAUCACCGUCACACAGCCGUCGCAGGUGGUGUGUGAGGAUGAGGUAUCAGGAGGCAAGACCUUCCAUGUUGUUCUCACCAUCGACAAAGGUCUCAACUGGGAGUCUGCACGGCAACUAUUCAAUGAUGCAUCAGCUAAGGUGGGGCAGCAGGGCAGGGCGGAGGGGGGCGGGGAGGAGGAUGGGGAGAGCGGGGAGUUGGAGGAGGGGGAGAAGGGGAAGGAGGCGAGGGGGAAGAAGAGGAAGCAGGGGGAGGGGGAGGGGGGGAGUGGUGACGGUGUGGAGGGUGGACAGGUGAAGAUUGAGGAGGGUAGUUUGGAGAAGGAGGGGCAAGAUGGGAAAGAGGAGGGGAAGGAGGGGAAGGAGAGGGAUGGAAAGGAUGGAAAAGAUGGGAAUGAGAAGGAGGGGAAGGAGGGGAAGGAGGGGAAGGAGGUGAAGGAGGUGAAGGAGGAGCGGGAUGGGAAGGAGGAGGGGACGGAAGCGAGGGAGGCGAGGCAGUGGAGGGAGCGAGCGGCACGAGUGAACGGGUUCUAUGUGUCACAGAGGGAGUGGCUAGGGCGCAAGCACUACCUGCUGGCCCUCCUCUGGUGCGUGCGCCUCUCUCUGUCUGCUCUUCCUACGCCGCUCUCUGCUCCAUCCGCUCUCUGCUCCAUCCGCUCUCUUCUCCAUCUCUCUGCUCCAUCUCUCUGCUCCAUCUCUCUUCUCCAUCUCUCUGCUCCAUCUCUCUUCUCCAUCUCUCUGCUCCAUCUCUCUUCUCCAUCUCUCUUCUCCAUCUCUCUGCUCCAUCUCUCUGCUCCAUCUCUCUGCUCCAUCUCUCUUCUCCAUCUCUCUGCUCCAUCUCUCUUCUCCAUCUCUCUUCUCCAUCUCUCUGCUCCAUCUCUCUUCUCCAUCUCUCUGCUCCAUCUCUCUGCUCCAUCUCUCUGCUCCAUCUCUCUGCUCUAUCUCUCUUCUCCAUCUCUCUGCUCCGUGGGCCUGCCACUGGGUAUAUGCAUGCGGCAGGCAGUGCACUACCUUUUGCCUAGUCUAGCCUUUGCUGCGAUGCAUUGGCCCAUCCUGCCCUUUUCCUCUGAGUCAUCUCCCUCCCGGGCCUCUGUGCCAUGCCCCCACCCCACCAUCUCACCAUCCCCAUGCCUGCAUGGAGCAGUCCGCCAGCAGCGGGGCAGAAAGCAGCAGUGCAGAUAUUCCGACCACGCACGUCUGCAGCUAACAGGCCCACCCCUCUGUGGGACUUUUCGGACAAGUAUACCAAGCUGCCUUUUUAGUAGACUCAAAUAUCCCACCUUCCUCGUCUGCCCGUCCCGCCCGUCCCUGCAUGUGCCGGCCAGGCCCACCCCUCUGGUGGACUUUCUGGACAAGUAUUCCAAGCUGCCGCCCGCCAGGCUGUCAUCACUGCAAGCCAUCUGGGAUGCGGAGUAUGAGCUGUCCGCCACUCAGUGCAUGCACGGCCCCAAGUGCCGGGCAGGGGCGAGCUGCAGGGUGGGGUUGCGGCUGCAGCAGAUGCACCUGCUGCAUGGGGCCGUGUUCCCUGUCUUUGGCGUCAUUGACCAGGCACUCAUGGCACAGUCAUCAGCGCAGCACAAGCGGGUGCAGGUGGCACAUGUGGAGGCGAGCGAUGGAAACAAGUAUGUGGGCGUGCACCUGCCUGCGCCCACUGUCAUGCCCAUCCUCGAUGGGAUAAAGAAGCUCAAGGAAAGCAAGGAGGGCAAUCGGGACCAACCUAUCGACCUCUCCUGA